AUGGCACAGUCGGCCGUGAGCAGCACCAUUCACGAGGUGACGGAGGCCAUCAUUUCUGCGUCUGCCCGGCGAAAGUUGGUGGACUUUCCAUUGACACCGGCUGCCAAGGAUGAGGCAAAGGCGGCGUUUGCGCGACGCGGCGCCAUUCCAGGCGUGCUAGCGUGCGUCGAUGGCAUAUUGAUCGCCAUUAUGAAGCCAGAGGGACUCAGCCCGGCUGACACGGCGAGCUUCAUGUCGAGAAAGGGUUAUCACGCCUUAAACGUCAUGGUCGUGUCCAACGCGGAACUUCGCAUUCUUGUUGUGGACCCCCGGUUCCCUGGUUCGUGCCAUGACUCUUGGGUGUGGCAGCAUAACCCACUGCGUGCACGCCUAGCCACACAACUGCAGCCUGGCGAGUAUCUGCUUGGUUAG